GCGUGGGUCGCUUUAUCCCCCCCUCCUCAGCAUCCCCAGUCGUCACGUAUAACAGCCCGACAUGUCCAUCCUCGUCAAGCCCCCCAAACGCAAGUUGAGCGACCUCGGCGGCCCUGUCGACCAGACCCGCCGCCUGUCGCACAGCCCCUACACCUCCCAAUCCUCACACUCCCACACCCCCCAGGUCGGAGAGCCUGCCUACGCGGCCGAUGCCCCACGGCCCCGGAAUUUCUCGACCCAGAGUGAGCAUGCGGAGGCUUCACAUUGGUUUGCGCCUGCCUUGCGCGACCUGACCUCCAGUCGCCAGUCGCCCGCUGCCUUUGACAGUCCUUUCCAGGCGCAGAGGAAGUUCCCGCCCAACGCGUCGAUCGUGUUGACCGGUAUCCGGGGCACGGGGAAGUCCAGUCUGGCCGUCAUCCUCGCUGCGACCUCGGGGCGGCGCCUCAUCGAUGCGGACCGCUACUUCCAGCAGGUGACGGGUCGCUCGCGGGCGUCCUACAAGAAGGAGUUCGAACUGCCCGAGUACCGGCAGCAGGAGGCACGGGUGAUGGAGUCCAUGCUAGCAGAGCACCAGGAAGGCUGCGUCAUCGCGUGCGGGCCCGGCUCCAUGGAGCGCAGCGGGCAGACGCUGCUUCGCGAGUACGCCAAAACCCAUCCCGUCAUCUACAUCAUUCGCGAUCCGCAGAGCAUCCAGUCCUACCUGAAGGCGUGGAACACCGACAAGGUCCGCCGGUUCCUCGAGCUGUCAGGUCCGAUCUACCGGGCGUGUUCCAAUCUCGAAUUCUUCAACGUGUCGGAGAAGGGCAUGGCGGACCACGCGGCCCCCAAGGACGGCCAUGACUCGCUGGAGCUAGAGCUGGACCAGCGUUUCCAGGCGAUCACGCCCUUCCUCACCCUCAAGCGACUGCAGCGGGAUUUCCUAUGUUUCGUCGCUUUCGCGACGGGCGACGCCACGGAUCUCAGCAACCACAAUUCGUCGUUCCCCCUAUCCAUGCAGCCCGUCGAGUCGCGCACCUUCACCUAUGCGGUGACUGUGCCGAUUUCCUCUAUCCUCGAACGGGAUCUGGAUAUUGAAGAGCUCGAAUCGAUGGCGGACGCCUUCGAACUAAAGCUGGACGUGGCAGAACCCCCGUCCUCCCACCUCGGCCUGGACUCGGGGUUUGCCGACCGCAUCAGCCAGGCCGUGGCCAACACGCGACGAAACACCGUCGUUCCGCUAAUAUUCCACGUGGAGAGCAAUCUCCUGGUGGAACAUAAUGUCCUACGGCGUUCCGAUGCCGAAUAUCUAAAACUGGUGCAGCAUGGUCUGCGGCUGGCCCCAGAGUUUGUCACGGUGGACAUGUCCUACGAUGACAACGUGUUGUCGCAGGUCAUCGCUGCGAAGGGAUCGAGCCAAGUGAUCGGGCAUUUCGCCGCUUCCCGGGCGCCGUCGCGGGGCUGGGACGACCCUUUGUAUCCGGAGAUCUACGAGCGAGCCAAGCGGCUGGGAUGCGACAUGCUUCGGCUCAGCCAGCCCGCGAUGACGAUUGACGACAACUUCGCAGUGCAGCGGUUCCGCGAUCACAUCAAGUCUCUCCCCGCAUCGCUGCCGGUCAUCGCGUACAACUCGGGUCCGCUGGGGCGCCUGUCGUGCUGCUUUAACCCCAUCCUGACUCCUGUCGUCCACCCGUCGCUGAUCUCCGAAAUACAAACGAAGGGGCUGCCGUGUAUCACCUUGCGCGAGGCUCAGCAGGCGCUCUACUCCUCGUUCACGCUGGAUCCUCUUCAGUUCUUUGUCUUUGGAGCCAACGUCACCUACAGUUUAUCACCAGCCAUGCACAAUGCAGCGUAUAAGCGGUGCGGCAUGCCUCACGAAUACAAAUACCACCAAUCGCCGUCUCUGCGAGGCCUCAACGAGCUGGUGGAGAACCCUCACUUUGGCGGGACCAGUGUCAGCCUGCCGUAUAAAACCGAAUCUAUCCCCCUGCUCCAUUCCAUGUCGCCCCACGCGCAGGCCAUCGGCGCCGUGAACACUCUCAUCCCCAUCCGGCGCCUCGAAGACAAGGCGCUCGUAUCGGAGAACUCUUCCCUGUACAUGGAGAAAAGCCGGGCGGGGCCGAUCAAGGCUCUAUACGGAGACAAUACCGACUGGAUCGGAAUUGGCAAUUGCUUCCGGAGGGGCUUGUCGCCUGCGAAUGCGAUCCGCCCCUCGUCCACCGGUCUGGUCAUCGGCGCGGGCGGCAUGGCCCGCGCGGCGGUGUACGCGAUGAUCCAUCUGGGGCUGCAGAACAUCUUUGUCUUCAACCGCACGACGGCCAACGCGGACAAGCUGGCCUACCACUACAACCGACAGAACCUGCCGUCGCCGGGGCGGGACGCGUCGGCCGCGCGCCCGCAAGUCCAUGUGGUGCAGUCGCUGCACGACAGCUGGCCCGCCAACUACAAGCAGCCGACGGUGGUCUGCUCGUGCAUUCCGACGCACAGUAUCGGGGGGCAACCGGCCCCCAACUUCGAGAUGCCGGGGCAGUGGCUAGAAAGUCCGACUGGAGGAGUAGUCGUUGAGCUGGCGUACAAAACGCUGAACACGCCGCUGAUCCAGCAGAUGCGCGCGCUGUCACACCGCGGCUGGGUGGCGAUGGACGGGCUGGACGUGCUGCCAGAGCAGGGGUUCGCGCAGUUCGAGCUGUUCACGGGACACCGGGCGCCGCGCCGGCUGAUGCGGACGGUGGUGUUGAAGGAGUUCGAGGGUGAGGGGCAGCAUACGGAGCAGCUGCAAAGUCGGCUGGAGAAUCUGGAAGGACGGCCUACUUGAGAUGCCAGCUGCCUUGCUGUGAGAAGCCUAUUGAGCACAAUUUGCCGGCAUAUUCGAUGCGUAUGGUGUCUCUGAUACGCUGCCUGCACACGCUCUCUCGGCCUGAAGGCCUCAGGCAAUGCCAUUGCCAUUGCCAUACAAUGACGCCCAGGCGUACCACGCGUCCUGUACAUACUGGGUGACAUCCGUUGAUGACGGGAUCUUGGCAACUCAGCAACUGGGUGGCAUACACCGCAGUCAUGGCAACCUCAUCAAGAACCAACCACCUUUCCCAUACGCAUACGCACCUCUAGGGAGAGUUGACUGCAAGCCCCGGGACUCAGAGCCACCUACAACCCGGCCGACCAUCUAUCUACUUGAAUCAAGUCAAUAGGGCCUGAAUUAAUACAAUCAAG